AUGGAUUGUCAUCAAUAUUGUCCCAAAUUGCCUUGGAUGAUAGAUUUCAACAGUAACGAAACGAAAGAUGUACUGAAUAACCAAUACGAAGCUGCUUUUUCCAAUAAUAAAAUAGAGUAUAUGACAAAGCUGAACAUUAGAUCACAACCCGCACGAUUCAGGUCAACGCAAAUCGUCUGUACUAUCACGUCUAAUGUUUCGCUAGCCUCUAUAGAUGAGUUACUGGCUAAUGGUAUGCGAGUAGCUAGACUAGUUGCGCCCACAAUUGAAAAACUCAAAGAGAUAUUGUCCCGUGUGAGGACUAUGGUUGAUAUUUACAGCAGAAGAAUUGGAAGAGUGUAUCCCUUGGCAAUUGGGUUAGAUCUAAGAGGCCCAGAAAUUCGCACCGGAAGCCUCAAAUCCAACAGCAAACAAAUAUUCUUGGAAAAGGGAAAGGAAACAAAACUCACAACUAAGCCAGAGUUUGAAGAAUUUGUUAACGAAGAUAUGAUAUUCGUCGAUUACGAGAAACUUCCUGAAGUAAUCCAACCAGGAGAUAAACUGAUAUUUGAUCAAGGAUCCGUUACUCUUAGUGCAUUAGAAUGUGUGGAGAGUAUCGUUAGGUGCAUAGUUGAAAAAGCAGGCAAUCUCUUCAGUAACGAUUCUGUGACAAUACCAAAUGCAACAAUUGAUUUACCCACUAUAUCUGCAAGCGAUAAGCAACUUAUGGAAAUGGCUGUUGGUGAAUGUGUUGAAUAUCUUUUUGCAUGUGGAAUUCAAAAUAAACAAGGUAUUUAUGAUAUAAGGAAUCUUCUGGGCCCACGUGGAGAAACCAUUUUGAUCGUCGUUAAAGUUGAAAAUGAAAAUUGUGUUGAGAAUAUUGAUGAAAUUAUCAAAUUUUCUGAUGGCAUAUUAAUAGACUGUGAUAGAUUGAUAUUAGAGUUGCCCAAAGAAAAAGUAUUCCUCAUACAAAAAUCUAUUAUAGCCAAAUGCAAUUUAGCAGGUAAACCAGUUAUUAGUACGAUUUCCUUUGCCAAUUCGAACGUGAUAUCCAAAAGUGAAAUCGUAGAUAUCACCAGUGCUAUACUAGAUGGGUCGGACGCUCUUCUUUUACCUAAAAAUGCGAAUAACGGUAAAAUCAUGAAAUUAUUAGAUACGAUAUGUAAAGAGGCAGAGCCAGCUGUACACCAAAGACAAUUAUUCAAUGAUUUGGUGAAUCAUUUUCCCGCGCCCAUGGAAGCUGUUUAUUCCCUAGCCAUAUCCGUAGUAGAAGCAGCUUCAAAUAGUAGUGCCGCAGCUAUUGUUUGUUUAUCCACGUCAGGAAGAACAGCUAAAAUUAUUUCUAGAUUCAAGCCAAGAUGUCCAAUAAUUGUAGUUACGAGGUAUCCGAGAGUGUCACGACAACUCUGUGUCUUCAGAGGAGUUGAACCAUUGAUUUAUUUACGAUCAUUUUGUGGGGAAUGGAACAGAGAUGUCGAUAAUAGAAUACAGUUGGGAGUAACAUAUGGAAAAUUAAUAGGAUAUAUUAGAAUGGGAGAUGCUGUAGUCACAGUGAAUCCGUCAAGACCGGAAUGUGGGAUGGCGAACUGUUUGAAGGUGAUCUACGCCUCAGAAUUUGAUACAUUGAAUGCUCAACAAAUGAGAAAAAGCAAACAGACGUGA